GCACAAGACGGCAGGCAGUUCACUAAAGAUCAUCGCAGGCAUCAUUCUCUCUUAUCUGUGACCUUUAAGAUUCUACAUGUCUUAGUUCAAAAGUUUGUCCUUCAUGGACAAAUGGGGAGUACGUAAACGGGAAGGAAGGAAACGCGGGACCUCGUUUUCAGUAUCUGUUUUCCAAGCACGUGAAUGUAAAUGAAACCGCAGCUGAUUGCAGCUGAUCACAGCUGGACGGGCGCCAGUUUCUUCUGCAGACUGUCUCGCAGCCGCCGUCAGUUUUACGCGCUGUCCAUCACAUUUUUCCGUCUUUACAGCGGCUCGGACAACACACGCUCCGGCUGUCAAUUCCCCAGUGGCGAACACGGGAGAGGGGGGAUUUUCUGUUUCCUACAUAUUAAGAGAAAGAAAACGCAUCUGCGUACCUCCCGGCCGCAGAAAAGCGUCGAUCUAACACUUACUCAUCUCCUAUCUGCGUUCACGAUGAAUUUCCACUGCGAGAUCUGCUGCCGUCUUGUGUGAAAGGACGGAGAGCCUCAUCGAAAUACAUGAUUUCAGCCGUACCCGCACACUGAGGACAGCACAGGUUUUUUUUUUUUUUUAAUAAUCAAUCCGCGAGGUUGUAAGCCCACCCACUUAUGAGCCGACUCUCUCCGUGAGGGUCUGGUUGGAAACUGGCGGGGACGUAGCGCAGACAGAAGCUGUCAAAAAAAGUCCACAAAUUCAACCCUUCGGAAGCAGCUCGGGAGCCGGGGGAAAAGGGAGGAAACAUGAAGGAGAAGAAUCUGAUUGAGACUGCAAAGAUGCAGGGCAACAUGAUGGAGCUGGUGGGCAGUAACCCUCCGCAGAGGAACUGGAAGGGAAUAGCGAUCGCCCUCCUUGUCAUUCUGGUCAUCUGCUCGCUGAUCGUCACCUCCGUCAUCCUGUUGACACCAGGUGAGGACGACCGUCUGGCUCUCAAGGGCAAGGUGACAGUCGGAGACCUCUUUAGAAAAGACUUCAAGGUCCAUGAUCCCAACGCCAAAUGGAUAAGCAGUAAUGAGCUUUUGUACCGCAAUCGAGAUGGGAAUGUCGUCAAGUUCAAUUUUGACACUAAUGAGGAAACCAUCUUGGUGCAUAACAAGAAAUUCGAAAUGUACAAAGCCAGCAAGUAUGAGGUGUCUCCUGACAUGAAGCAUGUGCUGCUGGCCUACAACGUUGCACCGGUGUACCAGUAUUCGUACACGGCCUUCUACAUCAUCUGCAGUCUGGAAACUCCGGAGACGUGGAACCUGAACCCUCCAGAGGUGCGAAAUGCUCAGCUGCAGUAUGCAGGCUGGGGACCCCAGGAUCAGCAACUGAUCUUCAUUUUUGAGAACAACAUCUACUAUCGGUCUAAGGUUGAGAGCCGCUCCAUUCGCCUGGUCUCCACCGGCAAAGAGAAUGUCAUCUUCAACGGGCUCAGUGAUUGGCUGUAUGAAGAGGAGAUUUUCCAGUCCCACAUUGCCCACUGGUGGUCUCCAGAUGGAGCCAGGUUAGCAUACGCCACCAUCAACGACACUCUGGUGCCCAAGAUGGAGCUGCCAAUGUUUACAGGCACUGCGUACCCAAUGGGGAAAGAGUACCAUUACCCUAAGGCUGGUGAGGAAAACCCGGUCAUCACUCUGUAUGUCGUGAACCUUAACGGCCCCCUGCACACCAUCGAGAUGAGGAGACCCGACGAUCCAAGAAUAGGUGAGUACUACGUGACCAUGGUGAAAUGGGCCACCACCACCAAACUGGCCAUCAACUGGCUGAACAGAGCUCAGAACAUCUCCAUACUGACGCUGUGUGAGGCCACUACAGGAGUGUGCACUAAGAAACACGAGGAUGAAAGUGAGGGCUGGCUUCACAGGCAGAAUGAGAAACCCCUGUUUUCCAAAGAUGGUCUGAAGCUGUUCUUCACGCGGGCCAUUCCUCAAGGAGGCAGGGGCAAGUUCUUCCACAUCUCCAUGUCCAUCUCCCAGCCCAACACCAGCACAGACACGCUGCAGUCCAUCACGUCUGGAGACUGGGAUGUCACUCAAGUCCUGGCCUACAACGAGGACAGCCAGUUGAUAUACUUUUUGAGCACCGAAGACGGUCCAAAGCGGAGACAUCUGUACAGCGCUGACACCUUUGGAUCAUUUAACCGCCGCUGCCUGUCGUGCGCCUUGUCCGACAGCUGUGGCUACAUCAGCGGCUCCUUCAGCCACAACAUGAGCUACUUCCUGCUCAGCUGCCGAGGGCCGGGCAUCCCAUUUGUGGCCGUGUACAAGACGCAGAGAGACGCGGAGAGCAAGACGCAAGACAGAGAGAGUAUUGCAGAAGUGUACAAACUGGAGGGUAACGAGAACCUGCGAGACAUCCUGGACUCCAUGCAGAUGCCCACGGUGGAGUACAAGGAGAUCAACGUGGACGACUACACUUUGUCGAUGCAGAUCCUGAAACCCGCCGGCUUCGUGGAGUCGGCGCACUACCCGCUGCUGCUGCUCGUCGAUGGGACACCUGGUGGCCAGACGGUGUCGGAGCGCUUUCACAUGGACUGGCCCACGGUGCUGGUGAGCAGCUUCGGCGCCAUCGUGGUGCACUGCGACGGCCGAGGCAGCGGCUUCCAGGGCACCAACCUGCUGCACCGGGUCCAGAAGAGGCUGGGCGUGUACGAAGAGCAGGAUCAGAAGGAUGCCCUCAAUUUUAUUCUGAAAGAGCCAUACGUGGACAAAACCAGAGUUGGAGUUUUUGGAAAGGUGUACGGGGGCUACGUGACCAGCCUGCUGGUCAGCGCUGAGGACUCUCCCGUGAAAUGCGGCGCCGUCCUCUCACCCAUCACCGACUUUGAACUGUACGCCUCUGCUUUUUCUGAGAGAUAUCUCGGGCUGCCUAAACCAGACACAAGAGCAUACACAAUGGCAAAUUUAGCACACAGAGCAUCUCAAUUCGCGGAGAAGAAGUUUCUUAUUGUCCAUCCGACGGCCGAUGAAAAAGUCCAUUUCCAACACACAGCAAAAUUCAUCUCCCAGCUCAUCAGUGAAAAGGCCAACUACACCUUACAGAUCUACCCAGAUGAAGGCCACUUCAUCCACAGCGAAGCAACGAGGCAGCACCUCAGCCAGUCCCUGGUGAACUUCUUUGAGGAGUGCUUCAGGCUACCGGAGAGAGUGUUUGAGGAGACUCUGGAAGAGGAGAUCGAAGACGAGGGUUAGCUCGACGCUGCGGGGGCUCCUCCUGCGCCCCAGAUCCUCCCCCACCACCCAUCCGGUCAUCCACCAACCUUUCAUCCAACACCGGUGUCCGCGAUAUGCAACUCUCAUCCGUUCUUGUUCCAUUCGUUUUGGUACAACUCGCUGCAUCUGGGCUCCCCGCGUCCACACCUGAGACUGCCUCUCCAGGAGAUGACAGAUCUGCUGCCCACCCCCCAAAACCCCCGCCCCCUCCCUCCGCCCUACAUCCAUCCCAGCCGCCUCCCUCAUCUUCUGCAGAGUUGGCCCUCCAGAGAGCCGAACAAAGACUGAUGACCUGACAUGAAGUUUUGGAAUAUACUGACAGGAAGCAGUCUCCCCUCGCAGCGGGAGGCAACCAGCUCCUCAAAAGCAGUGGAGAGAAAGCAUCAGCUCUCGCACAGACUUCUGAGCUGUGAGGAGAAGGAACACCUUAUAGCACAUAACUUGCGGGCUUGUAUAUUAAUGAAAAUCAGCCCCCAGGUGAAGGAACACUGGCUGCCAGUGUUCGUAACGGGAAGUCUGGAAUAGUGCGGCUCCGGGAAAUGUUACUAUUUUUAAAGUCGUGCAGAACUUUUCAUGUUGGACCGUGGUUGUGUCUAUUGUUCUUACAGUAUGUAAAAUAGCACACAAACAUUCACUCAGCUAUUAAAGGUAUAUUUUCUUUCGGUAUUCACGUUUGCCCCGAUGCCGGUUUUGAUCUUGUAGUUCCAUUUUACGUGUUCAGUGAUGCUGACGGAGUUCUCUGACUGGCAAAAUGUGUUGUUGAAGAAAAAAAACAAAACGAAAACAUGGGUUUCUUAUCGUUCAUUCGAAGCGUUUUUAUUGUGGCGCUGCUUCUUCUUCUUUUCUUUUUUUGUCUUCUUUCCAGCGUUGUUCGAAAUGCAGAAGUUGUUUUAGUCACUGUGCCUUACUUUGUCAGGAAACAUCCGGCUGCGGGACUAUAUUUAUAGAGGACGGUGAAGCAGAUUUUCACGUGAUACACAUUUUGGGAAAUAUGCCUCUAAACUUUCUUGUGAAGAGUUGGGUGAUGCCACUUCUGCCCAUUACAUGUCAACACAGAGUUAGCAGCUUGUCAGCUUAGCAUAAAGAUAGCACAGUCGUUUAGCCUGCUAGCUUCUUUAACCCCCACUGUUAGCAUGUUAUUGUUAAGGGUGAGCCAAGCGUACAUUGGUGAUGGCAGCUGACAAGGCAAAUAAGUCCCAGCGGUGAUGUUCCCAUUUGGCACUGGCUAAAUGCUGUGUUUGUUACUAGCAAAUUCACAACCCUGUUCAUGCUUUUAUUUAUUACCCGUUACAUUUGCUUCAUCAGAACUGAUCCAUCCCCGUCUUUGAGGUGGCAACAAAGGUUCGAGAACAAUCAUUAUUAUUGUGUGAAAGGUUUUACAAAAGCUCCUUUCAUAAAACUGCAUGGUUUAAUUCCUGGACAUUCAAAGAUGCAUAUGCAGUGAAUAUUGUGCUGAGCAAAUAUUUAUUUUAAAGAUCAGAAUCGGCACAUCCCUGGUUUUAAGUGUAGAAAUACAGUGGGUUAGGGUCUGGGCUACUUCUUGGAGCAAAGAUUACUGGAGUCCCUGUAUGUGCUGUGUAGGUAUUUAGUGUAGCUGUUGUGAUUUAAGCUUUUGACACAGGAACACAAGCAGAAAUUAACCAUCCCCUGGUUCUAACAAGUGGUUUCAGCCCCUUCGCACGACUCGCGCCAAGAAAUGUAUAAGCAUUUUUCCCACAAUGCCUUUGGGACUUACAAUAACGACGAUUUAUUUAUUUUUAUUUUUUUAAUACCUAGAUUCAACUGCUAACACUUGAUUCAGAAACUGAGAAGGAGUUUUCAAACUUCACAGGACAAUACAAAAUCAUUCUCCAGAAAAAUACCCACACACCAAAUGACAUAAAGCUAAAAUGUACAGACUCUGCAUGGGCGACUGCUUAUAACGGGUUUGAGGCCGGUAGAGGAACUAAUCAGUGGAUAUACUGCACAAAGGUUAACGUCAGAAGCCUUUAGGAUUAAUGUUCUGCCCUGGAAAAAUAAUGCAUUUGUACAUAAAGGGGAAAGAAUAUGUCAUAUUAGCUUCUCACCAGAAACGAUGAAUUCUAAAAGGCACAAUUUUAGUUUGACUUUGUUUUUAUUUUUGUUAUAUUUAUUUGAAUGGCCAUUUGUGUUCCACUACAGUGCAUGUUCAGAGGUAGUUUGUGGCACUAUCCCUGAUAGCUCAGUUCAACAUAGUCGUUUUUGACAUCAUGAAUGUUCCUUACUGGAUUGCAUAAAUUACAUUUCCAGUAGUAUUGUGAUUGAGAUCCCGGUCUCGUCAGCUUGAUGUGUAAAUGUUAUUCAAAAUAUCAUUUUAUCCUAAAGACUAAAAAAUAACAAUAUUACCUGAGUGUUCUUUGUGCAUAAAGCAUUUUGGGAAGUUACAUUUGACUAUUCAUUUCUGUUCUCCUGUUGCUGUCCUUGAGUUGAAAGUGGACUUUAUAAAAUGCCGACGGCAGCAGCUAAAACUUUCUAGCCAGUGGUUGACGACUUUUUCCAAGAUGCUCAACUUUGUUAUCCAAAGCAUAGGAGGAGAUCAAUGGCAGAUUGUGGCAUGAAAGUAAAUGUUAAUAAGAAUAAAGAAAAAAUAGAUAUUU